AUGACCACCAUUCCUCGACCAGCGCUUUUUUCUAGAUUAUGGGCGGGAUAUACCUCAGCGUUGAGAGCGAAGCCUUUGAGGACCAAGAUGAUCCAAAGUGGUGUACUGUUCAUAUCGGCAGAUCUAGUGGCUCAGCUUGGUAUAGAGGGAAGAAGUAUACGGAGAGCCUUUGAUGGAGAAGAGGGUGAUGGGAUUUACGAUCCUACACGUACAGCUAGACUUUCGAUAUACGGAUCAGCAAUCUUUGCUCCGUUAGCACAUGUGUGGUUGGGUACUGUUGAACGUGUAAAGAUGUCAUCGAAAAUGACAACUCUCGCAACCAAACUCGCUCUGGAUACUUGCUUGUGGUCACCGUUUGUUACAUUCAUGUUUCCUACUUGCUUAGGAUUACUAGAAGGGAAAAGUGUUGAAGAAGUGCGGCGUAAGGUUGCACAUGGCUGGUUUCCAACUUGGCAAAAGGCAGUCUGCGUAUUUGGGCCUACUCAAGUUAUAAACUUCACCUUGAUUCCUCUUCAACAUCGCUUACUGACACUACAAUCAGUAGGAUUAUGUUGGAACAUUUUCUUAUCAUGGCAAAAUAAUAAAACCAACAAACUACUCGCUGCUGCUCAAUUACAACUGGAUAAAGCAGAGGAACACCUACUAGAGGUUAAAGCAAAUGUCUUACAUGGAGAUGAAGAGGACAAGAAAGAAGAAAUUAGAUCAAAGAAAGAAGUGGAGACCGCUCAGAAAACGGUUAUUGAUGCUGAAAAGAAGAAAGCGGGAUUAAAGGAGCAAGGUGGAGAAAUAGGUGUGGGAACAAAAAUGGCUUGGUCAUAA